AAGCGCUGUCACACUGCUGCCAUGCCUGAGGCCGUCCCUGUAGAGAACGGCGCCGUCGUCGGCCCGGGCCCAACUUCUGCCGCCGUCACGGACGUGGCAAACCAGCGGAUCGAGCAGACAACGACGACUACAGACGGACAACAAGACAACGGACACUACUCUGAUCCAGCAUCCUACGGUUCAACUGGACCGAUCACGAACGAAGGCACGCCGCAACCCAACGACGUUCACCCCGCCGCCGCAAACGCGUACGAAGGUCCCGCACCCACAAAACGCAAAAAGGCAACCCGCGCCUGCUCCCACUGCCAAAAAGCCCACCUUACAUGCGAUGAUUCCCGCCCCUGUCUCCGCUGCGUAAAGCGUGGUCUCGGCGCAACCUGUCAAGACGGUGUUCGAAAGAAAGCCAAAUACCUCCACGACGCAGAUCUUUCCUCACCCAACACGAAAUCACCAUCACCUACAGAAAGCGGACAACAGACCUUCACGACCGACGGAUUGGAUUUAACGGGGUUUGACGCGGGUGGGUUCUCGAUCCCGCCGUUUGAUUUGAGUACGUACGAUUUUGGGAGUAAGACGGCGAAUUUGGAGUACUCGAUCUUGUCGAAUAUGUUGGGAUCGAAUGGAUUGACGCCGGGGGUGGAAUCGAAUGAUCCGUUACCAUUUCAGAGGUUCCCGUCACCGGGACCGUAUGGGCAGACACAGCAGCAACAGCACGUACAGGGCGCGAACCCGACGUUUCCGGAUAUCUCUAUGAUGGACCCAUCAUGGGGUACACGUAACGCAAACGGGUAUCAGGGAGCAACGAGCAACACCCCCGGCGGCUCCUUCACCUCACCCUCACCUCCCGCACCCUCGCCGCAGCAAAUCGCGGACCAACACGCACAAGCCGCUCAGCAGCAACAACAACAACAACAACAACAACAACAGCAACAACUAGCCCCACCCCAGUCGACAGCGCCUCUGUCGUCUUCCGAUUAUCGUCGUCGUCUCCGUCAAGACCCCGAAAGCGUCUACGCCUCCGUAACAAAACCCUUCUCCUACACCCCCGGCUACCACGCCCUCCACGCUUACCUCCGCUCCCGCUUCCCCCAACCCCUCCUCAUCCGCAUCGCGCGCGCAAUCACCCACUACCGUCCCUCAUUUAUCGCGUUGACCAAAACCCUAACAGAACAAGAUUUGAUUUUCAUGGAGAAAUGUUUUCAGAGAACGUUGUUGGAGUAUGAGAAGUUUAUCUCGUAUUCGGGGACGCCGACGGUUGUGUGGAGGAGGACGGGGGAGAUUGCGGGGGUUGGGAAGGAGUUUUGUUUGUUGACUGGGUGGGGGAGGGAGCAGUUAUUGGGGAAGAGGACGUUUAUUGUCGAGUUGAUGGACGACUCAUCCGUUGUAGAGUACUUCGAGCGCUUCUCGACCCAUGCAUUCGGUGAUACGAGUAAUGUCAUGACGACUUGUGUGUUGAUGACACCGCAGCGGAGACCGGUGCCGUGUACGUUUUGCUUUACGAUUAAGAGGGAUGUUUUUGAUAUCCCGAUGAUGAUUAUUGGAAAUUUCUUGCCGAUUUUGAGCUGAGCAGUGAAGCUUAAGAACAAGAAGGUUAGCGUAUACGGGAACAUUAAGAAAAGAACGGAGAGAAUUGCUGGGAGAGAACAAGCGAGCGAGCGAAAAAGUAUCCUUAUCGGGUUUUUGG